GUACUUGCUGAAGGUGCUGGAUGCCAUCUGGAAGAACAUCAGCGAGGCCAUCGGCGUGAUCCUUGUGUACUUUGGACGCGUCCUCUUCCUGGGAGGAAAGUACGACCCCACCGUCUUCAAUGCCGGUGUCACCGUUGUCCUGGCUUGCAUUGCCUACGUCCUCUCCAAGGAGGGCAAAGCCAAGAAGAGCGAUGUUGGCGACGAUCUCAACCCCGCAAUGUACCCGGACCUCACGAC